GCUGCAGGGGAGGCCGAACUGACGGAAACAGGACGGGAGAAGCAGUUCAUGGACGACCCUCACUGUAAGACCGAAGACAGCGCUCAUCAGGAGGGCACUAAAGACAGUAUUAAAGGAUCUUUAUCUGACUCAUAUCUCACCUCUACUUCAUCACGGUCUGAUUCUACCCAACCACUCUCCCCCUGUUCUGCUGUCGGGGGUUCAUCUGAGCCCACCGAGGGAGGGAACAAUGCAAAGUGGACCACUGUGGCCAACGGACAGCCCCCCUCCGCGGUGUCCCAGCGCUACAUGCCCCGUGAGGUGCCCCCGCGCUUCCGCAACCAGCAGGAACCAAAAGUGCUACUAAAGAGGGGUCAGCCGCCUCUGUCCUGCAUGUUGCUGGGGGGUGGACAGGGAGGGGACGUCACGCCCUCUCCGAAUGCAAGCACAGCUGACGCCUCGGACGCUACUGUUUCACUGCACACAUCUGACACCUCCGUCUCUCCAAUUUAUGCAAAUCACUCAUGGGGGAUAGGCUCCGGAGGCCAAUCUUCCGCUCAGGGAAUGGACAAGAUUGUAGUGGACGUCUCUGAUUCAGAGAAAUGGCCGAGUGUGGAGGGUUCUGCAGCACAUGUCUACAGUUCCUCCUGGAAUAGAGAUCAGAGAGCGUCUGCUGGACCAAGAAUGGAUGGCUCUUCACUCUGUGAUUAUUCAGACACCAGUGCAGUAGAGGGUUUAUCCUCACCGGCUCAAAAUAAAGAACCGGAUCAGUCCAUCGAUUCCAAGGCAACAUCUUCUGCUGGUGAUGAAGACAGCCCUCGAGGCCUGAACCCUUCAUCUUGGACUGCCAACCCUGUUGGUGGACCCUUACCCAUCACUCCCUCUGAGGAACCUCCUCCCAUACCCUUGAGUCCGGCUGGUGCGGUGUACCAGACACUCGGAAACAAAGAGUGGGCGGAGCUUAAAGCAGGACCAAAAGAUGACAGCAAAGAGGGUGGAGUCACCCGUGCAGACCCUGCAGGAGAGAAGGACGGAGGUUCAGGUGGUCGAGAGAUGAGGGGUUCAAAUGAACACACGUCUACAGGAUGGACGUCAGACUCAGUUGGGGCGUCAGGAGAGGACCGCUCGAGGUUGAGCGCAGCUGGUUUACAAGACUCUGUGUUCGCAAACGAUUCGGUGAAAUCAAGAGAUGACAAUCAGAAGAGCGCUCGUGAAUGGGAUGGUGUGGAGGGAGAAUCGGCCCGCAGUGAUGAUGGAACACGCAUCCAGACUGAAGAGACCCUGCAGACGAUGAUCAGUCGCAGUAACCUCGACCCCAGGGUCCUCUGUAACACAGGAUGGGGUAAGACCCAGAUCAAACAGACCGUGGCAUGGAAUCUGGAGCUAGAAAGCGAGAACGUGCGUAAGGAGGGAUGGAAGAGUCCAGGUGAUGCUCCACUUUUCAGAUCUAAACUCCAGAAGCAGGAUGGACCGGAGGUCAGUCAGGGUCAGGGGUGGAGAGAUGACGAGUGGAGUGAGAAAACAGCAGUGAAAAGGGAUGGUUGGGGCACGCGUGGAGAAGUUAGGACUGGUGGGUGGGGGGAAGCUCAAGACGAUGACAGUUCCUGCAAGAGAGAACGCGCUGGGUGGGAUCAGAGCAGCAGACGUGAGCGGGCACAGACCACACCUCUGCCUGAACCUGGAGGAGACUGCAAGGAUCAGACUGAGGGUUUAUGGGGCAGCUCUGAAGAGACGGGUGGAUGGAGAGUUGAGAAACAGCUUCCGGCACAGAUACCAAACAAACAAACAACACUUAAAACCCAAAACCAACAGCAGCCGCAACCACAGAUGGCGGGACCUCCAAAGACCUCACAGGACAGAGGUCAUCCAGAGAGUCAGAACAAAGGGUCUGGAUGGACGUCUGGGCCCAUCCCUCAGAUACCUUCAGCUGCCGAGUCGAGUGGCUGGGACGAACCCUCGCCUCAGUCCGUCAGCAGGAAGAUUGAGAUCGACGACGGCACAUCUGCAUGGGGCGAUCCUUCACGUUACAGCAGAAACAACGUCAAUCUGUGGGAAAAGAACAGCUCAAAGACCCAACAGCAGAGUUGUCAGUCAUCCGGACGCCAAGCGGCAGCUCCGUCUAAGAACCCUGCUCCUUCAACAUGGGGACACAGCGGUGGUCCCUCAGAUGAGCCUGUGGAGGGGGGCACAGGUGGGUGGGGGAAAUCAUUGGAUGCCACAUCUAACUGGGAGGAGUCAGAGGAGACAGGAGGAGGAUGGGGAACGUCAAGGUGCCAUACGAACAAGUCUGCUUCAAAGUCUAUGCAAGAGAGUUGGGGUGAUGAAGGGUCAAACACAUCGCGUCACUCCAGCUGGGAGGAGGAGGAUGGGGGCACAGGUGUGUGGGGUAACAGGGGACCUCAAAGCAGCAUGUCCUCAUAUAACUCUGGGAGCUGGGGCCAGAGUCACGGGGGCAGACGACAUAACACACGGAGUCCUCUUAAAGGUAACAGUGGUGAUUCAUGGUCUACUCCUGUGAAUCGACAGUUCUCAAACAUGAACAUGAUGGAUGAAGACUCCAGCAGCGUGAGUCAGGACAGACUCGACAGGAGAGGAAUGAACGAUGGAGAAAUGCGUCGAGGAGGCAGAGCUGGAGCAUCGUUCCGCUCACAGAACUCCAAAGACAUCACACCUGGAGACAGUGGACCAUACAUGGACAAGGUUGGGGGUCACGGUGUGUUCGGCAGUGGUGGGAUUUCUCAGUUAAGGGGGGUGCAUCAGGCUGGUGUUCACCCCUUCAAUCGCUCUCCUGUCGUACGGGCGCCAGUGCCUCAGUUUCUUCCUCCUCCGGUCGCUGGGCCGAUGCUAAAGCCAAUGGCGCCCCCUGGUGGUGGUAUGUUCCCUCCCCAGCUCUCUCCUCAGCACAUGGCCAUGCUCGGUGGUGUUCAUCCACACAUGCAGCAGUUUCAACUAGCUUGUCAGCUUCUACUUCAACAACAGCAACAGCAGCAACAGUUUCUGAAUCAGAGGAAGUUUCCUGCUCCUCCAAGACAGCAGCCUGACGCGCAGCAGUUGGCACGUAUAAUGGCCAUUCUACAGCAGCAGGGGGUGGGAGGAAAACUCCCAUCAUCCCCCAUGGGAGGACCUGUGCCCAAGCACCCAGAAACCCCGCCCCUCCAUCACCUGAAUAAACCGCCGGACGCACCCCUGCACGGUGUGAUGGGAGGAUCUGACCUGCACAACAAACCAUCUCCCGCUUACCCAGGUUUUGCCGGCGGCUCUGAUCUGGAUUCUCUGAUUGGUGGACUGAAGGAUGGAGGAGGGGCUCAGUCUCGUUUUAAGUGGAUGAUGGAUGGAAACAGUAUGACACCUUCACCACCGGAGGUCACACUGCACAACGGUCCAGUGAAGCUGGGCGGUGGAUCCUCAUACCCUCAGUAUGAUUUGAUGGGAGGCAGCUGGCACAGAUCAGCGGCUGGUAAAGUGGAGACGUCACCUGUCAACACCACCUGGCCUCCAGAGUUUCAGCCGGGCGUCCCGUGGAAGGGUGUUCAGAGUCCUGAGCCCAAUCCAUACAUGACAUCAGCAGGAAUGAUGGGAUCAUCUGUGCUCAGUGAUUCAGAACAUCAGCUCCUGCAAGAUAACACAGGGUCAAACUCUAUGAACACCCGCUUGCCUUCACCUGGUGCCUGGCCGUACAGUACCUCAGACCCGUCACACAUUGCACACACAUCAGUCAAAUCCUCAGAGCUCAAGUCCAGUUGGCCUCCUGAGCCCAUUGGACACAGCAAAUCAUGGAGGACCAAUCGGAACAUUUCUCACCAGCACCGCCCCCCUCCGGGUCUCUCCAAUCAGAAGCAGUCGUGGUCAGGGGAGGGGCCACAGAUGUCCAGGGGGUGGGGCGGAGAGACGGGGAGUCAGGAGUCGCCCUUUAAACCCGAGUGGAGCGACGGCGGAGCAGGAAAAUCCUGGCUGUUACUACGCAACCUCACGCCACAGAUUGACGGCUCGACGCUGAAGACGAUCUGUCUCCAACACGGACCCCUGCUGACGUUUCACCUCGGCCUGACACCAGGCACCGCUCUGAUUCGCUACAGCAGCCCUCAUGAAGCCGCCAACGCUCAGAGCGCCCUGCACAUGUGCGUUCUGGGAAACACCACCAUCCUGGCCGAGUUCAUGAGCGACGAUGACGUCAUCCGCUACUUCACACAUUCCCAGACCACCGGGGUCACAGGGUCACCAGAUGGCCCAUCCGGCUCCGACCCCACAUCACGAGAGGGGGGAGGCGGCGACGAAGAGGCGACGGGCAGGAUGACUUCCGCCGGCUGGCAGGGCUUGGACGUGUCGGGCGGCUCUGGGCCUGAGGGACUCGCCCUCCUCAGCCAAUGGAGCAACAGUUCACAGGAGGGGAAAGGCUUCUGGGGGGGCGUGGCUCCCGGCUACCACAGCAGCAGCCUAUGGGGCACUUCUCAGAUGGAGGACGGCCCGGCUGCGCUGUUGCCAGGCAACCUGCUGGGAGGCGGGGCGGACAGUUUGUGAUUGACAUUGAUUGUUAAAACAGUGGUACAGUUACAGCUGAGGUGGUUUUCUCCAGAACAUGUCUUAUUUCAUUUCCAUUUUUAUAGUGUGUCAGAAGUUGUUAUUUAAAAAGCAGGGCAGAUUUUUUGUGUUGUUUUUGGCUCUCGUGUGUGUGGCGCUGAAAUGACACGCCGCAGCUUUAAGACUCGGAUCAAACACUCACGUUUCCACACAAACACUGGCCGUAUAUCUCGUGCUUACACAUAUUCUCAUCGCCAGACUUAAGCUAUCUUGUGUUUAAAUGCAGGGACUGUUCCUCCUAAAGGCCUUUGUGUCACCCCCCGCUACACACCAUCAUCUGAGCAGAUCCACUGCCACACAACUGAUCACUGUCAUUCACACAUGAAAACAAACCUGCCUUAUAUCUCACCGUCUUACACAAACACUGUCACUUCAAGACAUCGUGUGUGUUUACACAUCUUUCUGCAGUGGAACACAAAAGAAGAUAUUUUGAGAAAUGUCUCGGUGGUGUUCAUAAUAUGGAAGUCGAUGGAGUUCGGCGUUAUUCUUCAAAAUAUCUUCUUUUGAGUCCUGCAGAAGAAAGACGUGACAUGAGGUGAAUAAAUGAUGAAGUGUCAGAUCUUAAUUGUCUAAUGCAGCAUCUUUCUUUCUAUCGUUCAGCCCUGUGGAUGUGUUGUGUGCCGUGUACAGACCGCUCACUGUUUCUUUAUCUGUCCCACACGUUUGCUCUCUCAUUUAUAUCAUUUCAAUAUUUAAAUGAUGUUUUUUGGUAAAGCAUAUAGAAGUUCUCUUUAAAGACGCGUGUGUAUGUGUGUGUGUGCACUUUACUGUUUCUGAUGUAUAUUUGUGUGUGUGCUGUUGUUUAUAUUGUGCACUACACACUGCUGGUUGUGUUUGGCAUUAGCGGGUUUCUCAUGUAGCCUUUUGUAUCGGCUGAACGGCAAUAAUGAUUCGAUGAGCAUUUCUAAGACACAAACAUGUGACGGCGUUUCUGCCAAAACUUAUCCGCCUGUCCAGAGUUUACAUACAACUGAAAGACAUAUGACAUGUGUGUGUGUGUGUUUAUGUUUCUCUAUUGUUGUUUUUGUUUUAAAUUCAGACUUUAACACUCCUUUCAGUGUUUAAUUCUUUGAGAUUUUACAAAGUGAAGAGCUUUAAAGGAUAUGAGGCUGUUAUAAAGAUUGAAGUAUUUCA